GUGUACGUAGGGCAAUUUGGGGGUCUGGGAAUGAGCCUCAGCCUAUAGGAAUUUUGCGUGCCACGUAGUCGCUGCUCAAGAAAUUACUAUUUGGACUCUUUGGGUUUUUCAGUAUUUUGUGGACCAUUUAACUAUCAGUUAAGAGUUAGAAGGCUUUUUCUUUUUUUUUAUUUAGAGAUGAUUCCAGAGUUGUGGACAUGCAUUUUCUCUCUAUUCUUCUUUUAUGUGCACGGAGCAAAACUUCCGGAGCCUGAAGUGAAAAUUGAAGUCUUACACAAACCUUUCCUUUGUCACCGUAAAUCCAAAUACGGGGAUAUUCUUUUGGUUCACUACGAGGGGUUUCUGGAGAGCAAUGGGACAAUGUUUCAUUCCAGCCGUCACAAUGGAGACAAAAAUCCUAUCUGGUUCACACUGGGAAUCCGUGAGGUGAUCCGGGGAUGGGACAAGGGUCUUCAAGGCAUGUGUACAGGGGAGAAGAGGAAACUAACCAUCCCGCCAGCUCUUGCUUACGGCAAAGAGGGCAAAGGUAAAAUUCCUCCAGAGAGCACUCUGAUCUUUGAUAUGGAGCUCAUAGAGAUCCGAAAUGGGCCUAGAUCACAUGAAUCCUUUCAGGAAAUGGACCUCAAUGAUGACUGGAAACUUUCCAAAUUAGAGGUGAAGGAAUACCUGCGUAAAGAGUUUGAAAGACACGGGUACCCUCCCAAUGACACCCACCAUGAAGCGAUGGUUGAGGACAUCUUCCAGAAGGAGGAUGAAGAUCACGAUGGAUAUAUAUCAGCCCGGGAAUUCACUUAUAAACACGAUGAACUAUAAAGAGUAUACGGUCCUGCAUAACCUUAGCGAUGUUUACUUUCAAAGUGAUUCCAAGAUUUACUUUGAGACAUUUACAACUUUUACAUCAAACUCUAAUGCAGUAUUGGAAGCGACUGUUACAGAUCUACAGAUUUCAUGUCUGUAAUGUUUUCUAGUGUUUUACUCAGGUGAUACCUACUGUUCAAUUAGACUGUUAAUAUUCGAUGAGUGCACGAAAUAUUCAUCCUCAAUCGCAGUGUUACAUUCUGCUGCAUAGGAGAAUGUUUUGCUUCUAAAGUGCCUUUUGACUAAUAUAUGAAACGUUGUCUGAACAUUUCAGUUUUUUAUUUUAAUUUUAGAUUUGUUGUAGUUUGUGUGUUAUGUAUUUCAGAGCCAAAGAAACUAUGUAGUAAUGUUUACAAUAUUUAGAACAGGUAAUUUUGUUUUAGGUGGCCUUUACGUGUUUUCUUGGGAAUAAAUGAGAUGAAAUCGUGUUGAAUAUACGGUUGGUUUCCCAGACAGGGAUUAGACUAGUCCUAGACUAAAAUAAGUGUAGGCCUAGGCCGCCUAAGAGCUGUCCAACCUGAAAACAGCUUGCACUGACAUAUCUCAAAAUACAUCAGUACCUUUGUGCUGUCUCAGAAUGCACACAAGUAAUGUUUUUUGUAAGGCGUGUUUGUUAAAUCUACUUAUAUUUAUUAAACUAAGGCCCAGUCCUGGUUUAAAAUAAUCCCAGUCCCAAAGUGUUCGACUGCUUGUAAAAUGUAAUUCUAUUCAACACUACUAGAGGGCGCUCUUCUCUCCAUUUCUUGUUCCAUGUCGUGCUACAAGACUUGAGAAUGCAAAUGCAAUGUGAUCUUUACAGAUUUGUUUGUUUGUAAAACACGCAUUUUUUAUUUCUACAAUUAACUCAAUACAAAACAUGCCUUCCUAUUACUUAUGAACUACCUCUGAGAAUAGAAAAAAAACAAUUUGCUGUUAUUUGCUAAAUAUAUAGAUACAAAUAUCCUGUCUUUUGCAUCUAUCACGCAUCGGUGUUAUAUACCCAACCCAACUAUAGGGGGCUCUGCAAUAUCAUGGAAUGCGCAUGAUGCAACCGAAUAAGAAAAGCUGUGAGACACUCAGAUAAAAUGCAGUCAAGUGACCUUUCAUGACACAGAGCAUAGGUAUUAUCACACACCUACAUAAGACAGAUGACAAACUAGUGUAUUUUUAUAAUAUUAUGAUGUGGUGUUGUGUAUUAAAAUUUGCAUAGAAGAACAACUGCACAAAGCCACAUCUAACAACAUUCCAUUCCUAAACUAGGCAUUAAACAGUUACAUAAUCUACUGCUAUUAAACUUACAAUUCAAGUUCUAUUCUCAAUUAAAUGAAGUACUAAUAACAAAUGUAAAACAAUUAGCUCACGUGAUCAAAGAUAUUACGUCUUAUAAUAAAAACACAUCAUGUAAAAAAAUUAAGCACUGAGUAACCAGUGCUUUGUGUUGGGUGUAGGUGUCAUGAUACUGUUUCUGUUGCUAUUUUGUUGUUAUCAUUGUCAAAUGAACUUUGUUGUCAAUUAAUAUAUUUUUAUAAAACGGUCAGUUCUGGUCCUUGAUUCUGAUUGGCUGAGCGGAGUUCUAAGCCGUUAUAAAACAGCUAAGGGCGUCGUGCCACAACGCCCUUAGCUGUUAUAAAAUGCGCUGUAACCCACUGCUUCUUGGGGCUUAUUGCUUUAUUACUAGCCUACUGAAAAAUGAUAGCCUACUUUUGAGGGAUGAAGUGGCAGAUAUUGCCCUUUACAUAAAAUAUCCCUCAAUUUCUAAACUGCUGUAUAGCCUAUAUGCUAUUCUUCAUUUAUCCAAACUCCAUCAUAAAUUUGUAAAUAAAAGCUACAAACAGUACGUACAAUGACCAGUAAUGAAAACCCAAUUUUUUCUUCAUCAAACAACACUAAAAGGGGUAAACCUCUACUCCACUUAAAAAUGGUAUACGCACUGCUGGAUUUACAUCAUUUUAAAAAAAUCCCUUUUAAAAAAUAAAUAAGAGGCUAAAACAAUAAUAACAAAUGAAACAUUCAAACAGCCUAACAAAAAAGUGCUGAUCCGCAUCUUGUCCCUAUAAGGCCAAGAUGAAAACGGGAUAGCCUACUUGAUCACUUCAUGAAACACCAUGCAUUCAGUGUCUCCAAGACCAUUUAACCGAGACAAAUUCAAGUUAAACGGCCAUAUUACAGCACAGUGUAACAGGUAUCAUAGUCAGUCACAAAAAUCAAAGUGAACGCAUCCAUCAAAUUAUAUUUUCCUUCACUUCAUCUACACUGCAAGCGAGCGACGCGACGCGACAAAACAAAGCGAGAGUGUCAGAGCGUCACGCCGCGCGCUCGCCGGAUUCACAUCCGAAGUCAUAGAAGCGCGCUUGCAGUAGCCUACAGCGUUGUUCUGGUUUUGUCGUAAAUUGUGUUUGUGUUAUUACU